ACAAGUCGCCAUCGACCUGCACCUGUUCGCGCGAGGCUCUACUUCACCAUACGUAUUCCUCCUUCACUGUACCCAAGUGGAACGGCUAUAUUCUAGAGAUGGCGCAUCGGAUUAUAACACAGAUAGUCAUCACUGGCAGCCGAGUUCUCGGUCGUUCCCUCACCGAAGCCUACAAACAAGCCCAAGCAUCAUCCAACUAUGCGCGGGCGCAAGCCAAAAUCAACCCCAAUGCUCCCACGCGGGGUGGUGCGGGCGCCAUGACCCUCGACGAAGCCUGCAAGAUCCUCAACGUCAAGCCACCACAGGGUGCCAGCACGAAUACCGAGGAGAUUAUGGAGCGCUUCAAGAAAUUAUUCGACGCCAAUGAUCCAGAAAAGGGUGGUAGCUUCUAUCUACAAAGCAAAAUCUUGAGGGCGAGGGAGCGCAUAGAAUCGGAAAUACGGCCGGCCAUGGAAAAAGCUGCGCAAGAGGCGGAAAUCAAAGAAGGAUUUAAGCCAAAGGUGUACAAGGAUCGGUAGUAAAGCGGAAUAAGGAGACUCAAGAGCAACGACACUGGGUCCCGUGGCUACCUCACUAGCCUUGUCGUUACGAAUUAGGGGCGAGCUUCGGGGGUAUGGACUCGACCAUUAGAAAAAGCAUCUUCACUCGACUGCUGCAUUGGCACGGCGUUCUUUGGUGUUUCGA